GACACUUUCCGUUACUAUCGCCUGCGAGUUGUAACCGCGUUGGGGAUAAAGUAUCCCGUAAACUGUUCAAGUUCGGGAGAUCGUUUUCAGAUUUCGAUUUAUCGAUCGAUAUCACAAACUGUACUGGAUUGAGCGCAAGCGUUUCUCCCCUUCAAAAGUACACGGUGUACUUCCUGUGGUGAAACUGCUUCGAGCUGGUAAAGGCCCAGCAGAGAGCUCCCAAAAAGUUUGUUGUUGUCACGUGACGUGAGCCGAAUGUGGCGAUAAAAGUUAAUCUAGAGCGUCAAAAUAGCUUUGCCUGCUACGCAUUUGAAAGGUAAUCGACGCCGUCUCCGCCGCAAUGCCGCAGCCGAAGUACCGGAAGAUUGCUGUGAUCGGUUACAGAUCUGUUGGAAAGUCAUCUCUCACAAUACAGUUUGUGGAAGGACAGUUUGUCGACUCCUAUGACCCAACAAUUGAAAACACCUUCAAUAAAAUGGUCAGCGUGAAUUGUCAAGACUUCCAUCUUCAGCUGGUUGACACAGCUGGACAAGAUGAAUACUCCAUUUUCCCCCACUCCCACUCAAUGGACAUCCACGGCUAUGUCCUUGUUUAUUCUGUGACAUCCAUGAAAAGUUUUGAGGUCGUUCAGGUUCUACACGACAAGCUGCUGGAUAUGGUUGGAAAAAUUCAAGUUCCAACUGUGCUUGUUGGAAACAAAAAAGAUCUCCACAUGGAAAGGGUCAUAAAGCCAGAGGAGGGAAAGAAGCUUGCUGAUUCCUGGGGUGCUGCUUUCAUGGAGUCUUCAGCCAAGGAGAAUGAGACCGCCGUGGAGGUUUUCAAGCGAAUCAUAUUGGAGAUGGAGAAAGCCGACGGGAAUGCCCCGCCGGAGGAGAAGAAAUGUGCCAUGAUGUAAGAGUGCAUUGAGGAUAUGGUAAAAGUCACUUGCUGAAGACAGGAGAGGCACAGCUCCACCAGCAUACCACUCUGAAGACCUCGCCAACAACAAGACCCGGCAGUGCUGCCAGUUUCAAUUCAUAUUAAACUAUUCCACUAAAAGAAGCUCAGGCAGAGAAGCACCUUCAUUGGACAUUUGCUAUAAAUAGUUUAAUUCUUGGAUGGAUAUAAUUUUAGCCCAGAAAACGCAGAUCUUCAUGGACUGCAUCCGAAAUUCCCUUGUUAUUGAUAUAUAUUGAUAAUGGUAAUUAUUUCUGAAUGCCUGAUGUUGAGACAACAUUGGUUUGUGUAAUAUUUGAGUGGUUGGUGUAUUGUGGUGGUGAGCGCUUGACAGCGGUGCAGCCUCAGUUCACAUUACUGUAAAUGUGGUGGUUGAUUACAUCACAGUGGUGGGACUGCCUUGGAUGCUCUAUUAUGAGCUUUCACAAAACACUCUUUCCAUGCUUCUUUCCAUUGUAAUGUUUAUCGGUUUCCUUUCUAGCUAUUUAUACAUACCAGCCACUCACCUGUGAGCUUUUCUGCUGAGCAGAUUAGUCCGCUGCCCUCAUUUCUAUAGUUUUAACUUUUCUAUCACCACUUAGCUGUUAUGGAACCCCCAGAUGAACUUGGUAUAGGUUGGAAAAAUCGCUUUGAUUUUUGCCACAUAUGGCUUUUAAUCAAUAAUAGAAGAGGUUCUGUUUUGUUUUGUUUUUUUUUGAGUGAUGCCAGCUUUGUGUCCUCCACCACUUUAGAGCAGUCCAACGCAGUAAUUUAUCACGUCAUUUUGACGUUUUUGUAAAAUACAAUGAAAAGAAUGGGGUGGGUUGCCAUUUGUUGUCAAUGAAUUUGUCAUGAUUUCAAGGUUCAUGAAGUCGUGAUCUCGUGCACGUGAUUGAAUCUAAACUCUGGAUUUAACAAUCACUGUCAAAACACUUGAGAUGCAAUUUUGCAUUUUGUUUUUCUUGGCUCUUGUUGCCUUAAAGUACACUUGUCUGUGGACUAUAAUCGCUUGACAUAUUCAUCUUUUUCCCUCAUAUAGUUUGUAAUAUCUUGUUUUUGUUUUUUUUUAUCAAGUGCUUUGCCGAGUAAGUAGUUUUACGAUGGACAGAGGCUGGUCAUGCUGUGUCUUGUGCCUUAUACAUCUUUGAAACUCCCACAUCUGGUUUCCUUCAUGACCAAAGGUGCUCUUACAGGGUUUCUUCUUCCGUCUGUUAACUUGAUCUCAUGGGUGUUGAUCGUGGUGGUGAUGUUGUGCACAACAUGGACGCCAAUAUGCCCAUGAUGGUCAGCGUUCAUAUAAAAAUCUUGCUGUAAACAGUUUGUAUAUAAAAUCUGUUACUCAUU